AUGGAUGAAAGUUUGGAGAAAAUCGUGCAAGAAGCUGGUGAGUUUUAAAAAUAAAAAAUCUUAAUUUAAGUAAAUAUUUUUCAGGAACCGCUUAUUCGGAAGGUCGCUUUGAAGAUGCGAAAAAUUUAUAUGAAUCAGCUAUCCUGAGCAAUGAGAAUAAUGGAAUUCUCCAUGCCAACUUAUCAGCUAUUCUUGUAAAAUUGAAAAAUCCCCAAAAAUCGCUAGAACAUUCGAAAAAAGCCGUUGAAUUGUGUCCGAAUUGGCCAAAAGCAUAUUAUAGAUUAGGAGAAGCUUAUAGACAUAUCAAAGGAAAAGAGAUUGACGCUAUUUUGCAGUAUUGUAAUGGAUUGAAAUUGGAUUCGAGCAAUUUCCAGAUUCUUCGAAGUCUUGAAGAUGUGAUAAAUCAAAAAUUUACUGGAAAAUUUCCAUGGAAGCAGUUGGAAAUUCUGAAAAUUGAUAAAUCUGCGGCUAUUUUGCUAUCUACAAUUGGCCAAUUUCUUCUAGAAACUCGCGAUUUUCAAGAAGCCGAAAGAAUUCUAGAAAUUUCUGUGGAGAUUUUUGAGAAUCAAAAGAAUGUCUUCCCAAUAAAAAAUAAUGGAAAGCUACAAAAAUCAAUAAUUGAAUCUUUGGCGACGGCGUAUUGUGGGAAUUUGAAAUAUGAAAAGGCGAUUGGGUGCUAUUUGAGAUUGUUAGCGCUGUUUGAGCAUAAUGGUAUGAGAUUUGCCAUUUAGUGAGAAAUGGCCUAGAAAACAUUGUUUUGGAUUUCUAGGCCGCAAUUUGAAAUCGCCCCGAAAAAAACAGAUUUUGCAGACCUACAAGAAACGCAAAAAAUUCGCGAAAAAUUAGCUGGAAUUGCCGAAAAUUGUGAUGAUUUCCUGCAACUCGCCGCAGUUCAGCGAACUUUUCGCAUCGAUUCUGGAUCGCUGAAAAACGACGAGAUUUUUGCGGAAAACCUGAAAAUCGCUGAAAUUUAUCUGAAAAUGGCAAAACCCGAUGAUGCAAUUUCAAUUUUAGAAAAAGAAAAGUGUAAAUGCGGAGCAUCGUACCAAGAUUUGGGAGCAAAACGAGAAGAGCUUCUGGGAGUUGCGCUAACUCAAAAACUCGAAUUCAAAAAUGCGCUGAAAAUCUUGAUUCCAGUUUCGAGAAAUGUGAAAAAUUUGAAUUUUCAACUUAUCGAUACUAUAAAUCGAUGUUUUAUUGAAUUAGAUGAUCUGAAUUCCUCUAUCGAAUUUCUGAACAAGAUUUUGAAAGAUUUGGAGAAAAAUCAAGAUCAAGACUUAGGCUUAGGUCUAGAUCUAACUCUUCACAUUUACUCGCUUCUCUGCCAAACUCAAAUCGCUGCUGCAAAUCUCGAAAUUGCGCUGAAAAUCGCGAAAAAUGUGCUGAGAAUUGCGAAAAACUGCAAUUUGUAUCAUGAAUCGAAAGCUUAUCGAUUAUUGGCAAUGAUUUAUGAACAUCAAAAAGAUGGAGGAUCGGCGAUUGUUUUGUGGAAAAAAUAUUUGGAAUUUGAAGAGGUUGAAAACUAGAAAGUUUGAAUUUAUCCCCCGAUUUUUCUUAUAGAUUCUCCAAAACAUGGAAAUAAUUCAAGCACAAAUCGAGUUGGGCAAACUCGCCGAAGAUUCUGGAAAUUCUGAAAAUCCCGAAAAUUUCUACGAAAACGCCGUGAAAAUUGCGAAAAAACCAGAGGAAAUUGCAAUCUCGAACUCGGCAAAAUUCCGAUUUUUGCUGAAAAAUCGUCGAUUUUCCGACGCUCAAAAAUGUCUGGAAAUCACGAAAAACCUCCUUGAAACCGCGCAAUUUUUGGCGCCAAAAUUCAAAAGUUUGAUACUGGAAGAUGUGGCGGGUCUCGAGGCGGAGAAUCGCGAGAAGUUUCGAAUUUUGGAGGCGAGUUUGACGGAAGCGCAAGAUGAUGGAGAUUUGUAUAGAGAGGCGAUGGUGUUGGAGAGAAUUGCUAGGAUGUUAGAGACGCAGGGGAAAAUCAGGUAGGUCAGGUUUUUGGGCGCAUGCCACGUGGAAUUUUUGAAGAGAAAUUUGAACGAAAAUAAAAUGAAAUCCCGCCAAAUUUGGUGUCAAAAUGCGCGCCAAAACCUGGAUUUUUAAAUUUUCAAACUUCGCGCCCAUAAAAUUGCCACGUGGAAUAACAAAAAAAUCAAUUUUUUAUUCCAGAUCCGCCGAAAAAUACUACAAUCAACAGCUGGAAGUAGGCCGCGAGUUGCGAAAUGCAAAACUGAUGGGCGAAUCGCACGCGAAUAUCGCGCGACUCAAAUUCGCCGCCGCCAAUUUCGCAGCAGCCAGCGAACACGCGAGAAGUUCGCUGACAAUCGCAAAAUUGACCAAGGAAAAUGCGCUGAAAAUCGAGAUGUUGAUUUUGUUGGCGAAAGCGGAGAGCAAGGCCAAUUUUGGCGCGAAAAGCGGCGAAAUUUCGAUGAGCGCUAUUGAAAAAGCGAUUGGAUUGGCUGAAGAAUGUGAGGAAUUGGUUUGGUUGGCUAAGGCUUAUCGAAUUUCGGCCGAUAUUUUCAAGACAUUUGGAAAGGAAAAGGAAAUGGUAGGGGUUUUUGACACGUGGAAUUUUCAUUUCCAUUUUUCUGCAGAUCCUCGAAAUGGUCCAAAAUCACAUUGAACUCUUCGAGCACGAAAAAUCGGCGCGAUCCAAAUUUCAAAGUUUGAUCGAUUUUCUCGAAUUCUCCUCCUCCACUUCCCACGAACCCCAAAAUUUGCUGAAAAUGAUUGAGGAAAUGGCUGAAAAUGAGCGAGACGUUGAAAUGUCGCAAAUUCUCGAAGUUAUCCGGAUUUUUGAGCAACGUGGCAAUUUGGAUAUGAAAUUGAGGUUUACGAGGAUUUUGGUGGACAGAUUUGGAGAGGAUUAG